GUGGAGAUCGAGGAGACCCGCGUGAAGGUCAUCGCGAAGCAGGAGCGCGCCCUGGAGAAGUCCCGCAAGCAGUGGCUGGACGCUCAGGAUCGCAUCCCGCAGCGCAUGGCGCGCCCAGUCCCGACCGGCCUCGACUCCACUAUCAGCUUCGAGGGGGGCGACCCGCUGGCCCCGCGCGACCUUCUAUCGCUCAAGUUCAGCGGGGGCGCCGGCCACGAGGUCCGCGGCGGCGGCGGCGUCGAUGACGGCGGCGAAGCCCCUCCGGCGAAGCCGCCCCCGGCGACGAAGGGCAGCGCGGACGGGCUCGACGAGAUGAAGACGAUGAUGCAGCGGGACCGCCAGGAGAGGGCCCACCGGAUGGACGCGCUCAUCGAGGUUCUGAGCGAGCGCUUGGAAGACACCUCGGGCAUCCAGAGCUCGAGUCAGCCCUCGGACGCGAGCGAGAGCUCGCCGACGCCGAGCGCA